AUGUACUCGUCACAACCACCGUCCUAUUCCUACACCACUCCGACCGCUAGCAACGGUUCGCUUCCGUCAGGCUACAUCUCCCCACCGGAGUCGCGUCGCGCGUUGGAGGAAGAGAAGGAAAGACAGAUCCAGCCGCAACGGCAGUCGCUUCCCUCGAUCCAUGAGGCAUUAGGGAAUGACAAUCCGCUCUCGUAUGGCGGCCCGCCCACAUCCGCACCCGCCCAACAAGUUCAUACCUCACAGGCGCCGCCGCACUCGACAUCGCCAGGAUUCACGCGGUCGGGGACAGAGGCGCCGACAGGGCCACCAGGGCCAUCAGGGCCACCAAACCCAUUCUCCUUUUCGCACCAGCAUCACCAACAAUUACAGGCAGAGGCGUCACGGUCGAGCCUGACAUCCAUCAACACUCAAGAUUCCAGAACUGCAUCCCUCCAUUCGUUUAAUUCGGGCAGGUCUCCAACACAGAGUGCAAAGACUGGCAUUACCGCCCAUUCAACAUACGAAUACAGUGCACCGCCAUCUGCGGGGGGUAUUGCAUCGCCCAACGGGUAUGCACCUCCGUAUUCGCAGUCUUUUUCGUUCCAAUCACAACCGACCGCUCCAGCCUAUCCUUCUCAUUACGACGCUCGUUACAGCGCAUGGAAACAGGGUGCACCGGAGCCUGUGCGGGUGGAGGAAAUCAAGAAUGGGUAUACUCGUUCGCCACUUCCAGCCCAUGGUGACUCGAUGAAGCGACACUUGGAGGUUUACGACGUGGAGGCUUCCCUCAACGAGAUCACCGAGAUGAGCACCCGGACUUUGGAUUUUUCGAGACACUACGCUACGAGGGCCCAUCAAACACAGCGCUCGGGACCGGUGAUGGGAUCGCUUCCGUCAUUGCACGAAGUUGAAGAAAUGAUUAAUGUCCAACGUCAAAACCAAGAAGCGUUGCUGCGGAUACGUAACGCGGUCCUUACCCAAGAACACGCCAUGGCCGAACAAAUGGCCCAACGGAAGGCCUACAAAACCAGUGGGGUGGACGAAGAGAUGGCAAUGUACCAGGAAGAAUUCAAGGGCAGCGGGGGAUUCGCUGGUGCAGAGGCCAAGAAGCGGAGAGGGAAAGCUGCGCCUCCUGGACGUUGCCACAGCUGCAACCGAGCGGAAACUCCGGAAUGGCGACGAGGCCCUGACGGUGCCCGAACACUCUGCAAUGCCUGCGGACUACACUAUGCCAAACUGACUCGCAAGAUGGGCGCGAACAAGGCGUCAGCAUUGGGAUCAAAUCUGAAGCCUAAGACCCCACUGGGGUCAGCAUCGCCUAACUAG